UCCCAUCCUGCCUGCAGUGGCUCCCUGAUGUUUUUGGCAUGUAGUCAUAGACUCUGACGUGAGAGUAAUGGAAUCGCUGAGUGGCAGGUGCUGACAGCUUCUGCAGUCCCAGUAACUGUUCAUUUUGGUAUCAUUUGCAAUUCUAUACCUCUAAAUGCCACAGCUCUCUUGGGGAAGGUUGCGCUGGAUACCAGUACUGCCUCGGAAGACUGUGACGCCAUGGGAAACGCAGAGAGCCAGAGCGUGGAGCACGCCUUCUACGGAGACAAGCACGCCAGCCUGGGCCGCAAGCACACUUCCCGCUCACUUCGCCUCUCCAAUAAAGCCUCUCGCCGGACGCGGCACGCUUCUUCCGGAAAAAUUAUCCACCGUAACUCAGAAGUGAGCACCCGCUCCAGCAGCACCCCCAGCAUCCCCCAGUCCCUGGCGGAGAAUGGCCUGGAGCCCUUCGCCCAGGAGGCCAACCUAGAGGACUUUGGAAGCCCCAUCUGGGUGGACCGUGUGGACAUGGGCCUGCGGCCCGUUUCCUACCACACCGACUCCUCCGUCACCCCCAGUGUGGACAGCAGCACCGUCCUCACCGCCGCCUCAGUCCAGAGCAUGCCCGACUCGGAGGAGAGCAGGCUCUACGGGGACGAGCCGCCAUUCCUGGCGGAGGGCGACGGGAGGUCACAUCGAUACACGGCCAACGGGACGAACUUCAUGGAGACAGCCAGCUUCAAGAAGAAGCGCUCCAAAUCGGCCGACAUCUGGCGUGAAGACAGCUUGGAGUUUUCACUUUCUGACCUCAGCCAGGAGCAUUUAACGAGCAACGAGGAAAUCCUGGGCUUGGCUGAGGAGAAGGAUGCCGAGGCCACCCGGGGGACAGACCAGCCGCUGGUCACCUGCCAGCGCGCAAACUCUAUGAGCGACUUGUAUUCCCCCAAAACCCCGAGCGCUACCAUCAAUGGCGGCCCGCGAAAUGCCUUCGGAGGGUACUGCCGGAAUUUAGUGUCCGACAUCCCGGAUAUCAGGAGCCAUAAGAUGGCAUCGGUUACUGCUGAGGAUGCGCCUUCCUACAGUAACUACAAUACGCUGCCCUGCAGGAAAUCCCACUGCCUUUCCGAAGGGGCCACCAACCCACAAAUUAGCCAUAGUAACAGCAUGCAAGGCAGAAGGGCGAAAACUACUCAGGAUGUCAAUGCAGGUGAGGGGAGCGAGUUCACCGACAGUGGGAUCGAGGGAGCAGCCACCGACACUGACCUCCUGUCUAGACGCUCCAAUGCUACCAACUCAAGUUACUCCCCGACGGCCAGUCGGGCUUUCAUUGGCAGCGACAGUGGGAGCAGCUCAACGGGCGACGGGCUUCGCCAGGGAGUGUACGAGAACUUCCGCCGGGAGCUGGAGAUGAGCACCACCAACAGCGAGAACUUGGAGGAGGCCAGCUCUGCCCUCAGCGACGAGCAGAGCAGCGGCACCCUCAGCUCCCCGGGGCAGUCUGACAUCCUCCUGACAGCUGCCCAGGGCACGGUACGGAAAGCCGGCGCUCUGGCAGUGAAGAACUUCCUGGUGCACAAAAAGAACAAGAAAGUGGAGUCGGCCACACGCAGGAAAUGGAAGCACUACUGGGUUUCUCUGAAAGGAUGCACAUUGUUUUUUUAUGAGACUGAUGGCAGAUCUGGCAUUGACCACAACAGCAUCCCAAAGCAUGCUGUCUGGGUGGAAAACAGCAUAGUGCAAGCGGUGCCUGAACACCCUAAGAAGGACUUCGUCUUCUGUCUCAGCAACUCCCUUGGGGACGCUUUCCUCUUUCAGACCUCUAGCCAGACCGAACUGGAGAACUGGAUCACGGCAAUCCAUUCAGCUUGUGCCACCGCAGUGGCAAGGCAGCACCACAAAGAGGACACCGUCAAGCUCCUGAAAACAGAGAUAAAAAAGCUGGAGCAGAAGAUUGAUAUGGAUGAGAAGAUGAAGAAAAUGGGUGAAAUGCAGCUGUCCUCAGUAACGGACUCCAAGAAAAAGAAGACCAUACUGGAUCAAAUCUUUGUUUGGGAGCAAAAUCUUGAACAGUUCCAGAUGGACCUAUUUCGGUACCGCUGUUACUUGGCUAGUCUCCAAGGAGGGGAGCUCCCAAACCCUAAAAGACUACUUGCUUUUGCCAGCCGACCUACAAAAGUUGCAAUGGGCCGUCUUGGAAUCUUUUCAGUCUCAUCGUUUCAUGCACUGGUGGCGGCUCGCACAGGGGAGUCUGGAGUGAGGAGAAGGACGCAGGCCAUGUCCAGAUCUGCCAGUAAACGGAGAAGCAGGUUUUCUUCUCUUUGGGGACUGGAUACUACCUCGAAGAAAAAGCAAGGGAGGCCAAGCAUUAAUCAGGUGUUUGGUGAAGGUGUUGAUUCAGUAAAGAAAUCUCUUGAAGGAAUCUUUGACGAUACGGUCCCAGAUGGCAAGAGGGAAAAAGAAGUGGCCCUGAGCAGUGUCCAUCAGCACAAUCCUGACUGUGAUAUUUGGGUACAUGAGUAUUUUACGCCAUCUUGGUUCUGCCUGCCGAACAACCAGCCUGUUCUGACAGUCAUCCGUCCCGGGGACACCACACGAGAUGUGCUGGAAAUGAUUUGCAAGACACACCAGCUGGAUCACUCUGCUCACUACCUGCGUCUUAAAUUCCUGAUUGAAAACCAGAUUCAAUUUUAUGUACCAAAGCCAGAAGAGGAUAUCUAUGAACUGGUAAUGCUACCUACUGAACAAAAUUAAAUGACACUUGGUAGGACACUAUUAAUUAGUGUUUAUCUGACAUUUGUAAUAUGCAGAGUUAUGCUUUUUAACUUGCAAUUAUAGUGCUUUGCAGACCAUAGCAAAUUGGCCUACGGUAAUCUCUCCA